GAGGUAAACAAUGUUUUACAUGUUUUUUACAAAAAUUCAAAUUUAUUUAGUUUAUUACAGUCUUUAAAAUAAUGACGAACCGCAAUCCUACUACUUUGAUGAGUGUGCCGGAUGAACAGUUCGACUAUCUUUUUAAAAUUGUUCUAAUCGGUGAUUGUGGAACAGGAAAGACUUGUAUUGUUCAGCGUUUGAAAUCUGGUAAUUUUAUAGAACGACACGGUAAUACAAUAGGCGUAGAUUUCUCAAUGAAAACACUAAUCGUAGACGGGAAGAAGGUCAAGCUUCAGAUAUGGGAUACGGCUGGUCAAGAACGAUUUCGAACUAUAACACAGAGCUAUUAUCGCUCUGCCAAUGGAGUCAUAAUCGUGUAUGAUAUAACAAAGCGCUCAUCAUUUUUGUCUCUCAAGAAAUGGAUUGAGGAAGUGAGAAGGUACACCUCAUCUAAUGUGAUAGUGUCCUUAAUAGGAAACAAAUGUGAUCUCUCUGACCAAAGAGAAGUUGAACUGGAAGAGCCCAAGUCAUUCUGUCGCUAUGUGCCUGAAAUAAUGUUUGUAAUGGAAACCUCAGCUAAAGAUAACACAAAUGUUGAAGACACAUUUAGGAAACUUGCAACAGAACUUAAGAGACAACAUGAUAAUAAUGAAGGUCCUCCAGCUGACUCAGAUGCUGUUGUACUUGGUGAAGGUCACUCUGUAAGUAGAUGUCAACCGUGUCGGUCUUAAUAUAAUGAAGCUGUUGUCAUUUUAAUUAUAUUAUACUGGUUAGAUCUCAGUAUGACAAUGAAUAAUUGCAUGAAAAACCAUAUAUAGCCCUGGUGGCUGCUGAGUAGCACUAAUUUUAUCAUACUAAUGUUUAACUUAAUCAUUAAGACAUUUCCAUUUUAUUUGUAGUGCUUUUUACAAUGUUGAAUGUGGGUUCAUGAAAUUAAAAUACUUUACUGCUGUCAUGGAAUACAGAAUAUACUUUAUAAAUAAUUGUAAUAAAAUAAUAUAGAGAAGAACCUCCAUGCAGAAUCGAAACAAAUAUGAAAAAGCCACAGCCAUU